CGUCACAGCGUUUAGUUGUGCUGGCGACUCUGUCGCUCGAUGAUUGAUGAAAUACUAACUUAGACGACACAAAGUCGUACCAUGAGGCUGGAUCCACCCACGUAAGAAGACUCUUCCUAGCUCACGCAAUCAGACUUUGGAUCAGGAGCUUAUAUAUUGGCAUCAGGAUCACCCACCCAGUCUACGAGCCAGUCCAGGCCCAUACUAUACGGAUAUGGCGUCGUUAUACUGGAUGGAGUGUUACACACAACAGACGAUCAAGUAUCUUCGAGUUGCACCAACCGCAAUCUGGAUACUCGAUUAUCUUUUGACCCUUGAACACGAAGUCCGUCUGUUCAGCAGCAUUAGAUGCUGGAGCAUUGUCACUGCUAUGUUUAUCGUAGCCAGAUAUGCUCCCAUAGCAUGGAUUAUCAGCGAAAUAUAUGCCACUCUUAUGCCACAGUCAGUGGAAACGUGCUUGACAUCAUAUCGAAUUAGUGGGGCGUCCCUGUUUCUUAUCAUGCUCUCCGCAGAAGGUCUGCUUCUUAUGCGCAUACUUGCCUUAUGGCAUAACAACAAGAAGAUAAAGCUAUUUUUAUUGGCGAGCUACUUGCUUAUUGUCGUCUCCAUGGCCACUUGCGAUGCACUUGUGGGGCUUCUGCUCGAAAGCAUAUGUGUGCCCACAUCGACUCCGGCCGCUUUAGAGUUUACUGCUGAGAAAGCGGAAUACCUAGUAAUGGGCAAGUUUAUCAGCGCAGCGCUGUUUGAACUCACAGUGGUCAUUCUUACAAUAUAUCAUUCAAUACGGUCGCGUUCUGAUGGUAUACGAACCAUUGGUAAUGUGACGUCAACUCUGUUGAAGGGAAGUUUGCUAUAUGCGCUGACACUUCUUGCAAUUUCUAUUGUAAACAUAGUUUCUUUUUCAUUACCGGUUUCAUCACAGUGGCAGGGUGGGCUUGCAGACGUAUUCCAAGGCGUCCUGCAUGGUGUCUUGGCUUCGCGCAUUCUUUUUGAUCUUAGAGAUCUGGGGCGUACAAUUCAAAAUGGAGAACAUGGUUGUUUAUUCACCUCACACGUAUCUCUUCCUCGCACUCCGUGCGCAUCAGAAUCGAUACAAAUGUCUGUCUUAUCCACCGAAAGCAAUGCAUGAUCAUACCUCGCCGUGUAGAACGUCUUGAGAUUAAAAGCAUCGCACGCACUGUACGUCGCAUCUUGACCGCUUGAAUAAACGCACCUCUCGUUUCAAAAUCGAUGUAGCUGAUACUAUCUCGUGUUUGUCAUUCAGCGGAGGAUACAUCGAAUGAUCUAGGAUGACGUUGUAU